UGAAUCGUGAGAAAGUCUGAGCUGAUUACCCGGCCAUCCAGUGUCUCAAACAGGCCUUUGAGGAAACUUCAGUCUGAACGCCGGUCACGGGACGGGAACCACUCCAAAAUAUAAUUCUUCCAAGUUUUACAAUCGACGGGGAUAUUGUUUCGCUAUUGCAGUUGCUUCCUGCUACUCGUUCCUUCAUCGCUACAGUGUCGGACACCAUGCCCCGGCUUGUGCUUACCGCAGUGGGGAUAGUCUUUGGUUUAGCCGUGUGCCAUGGCCUGACGGAGCAGGAGUGCAGACAGUUUGACUAUCUCAACAACUGUUACACAAUCAUGCAGAACUCCAUCGCAUCGGCAAGGAACAUGACAACCAGCUGCAAUGCCAUCCUGACGUAUAUAGAGUGUGUGGAGUACGUGGCCUGUGAGUGCAAGCUGACCACCGUCCCCGGAGUAGCCAACCAGCUGACCUACAUCGUGGGGUUCUACUCGUACCAGCAGUGUCAACAGUACACUGGUGAAUUUGUUCCCAACAGAGGAAUACCAUGCUAUGAUAACGCCACUGGUUCCGUGACUGAAGGAGAGUUGUUAGUGCUUGCCACCUCAGUCGGUCCACUCGUCCUUGACCUUGAGGCGGAGUGCAAUGGUUUCCAGGCGUGUUACGUUACCUACGACACCAAGGCCGCCCUCGCUCUGCACGAGAGGAACCUCGUGUCUUUAUGCAGCGUCCUUGACGAGACUAUCGUCUGUCUCGAGAACGCCGCCUGCGCAUGCGGUGAGAGCAACAAUACCAAGCUGAUCGAGGACGUCGUGUACAACAACCAGGUUCAUACACAGACCUGCUCCAUUGUUAAGCCCGAUAUCCUUCCCAAGAAAGGCAUCCUGUGCUCAGACAAUGGCACGGCUGUGGCUCAGACUGUGUGUGACACCAAGAACCCAAUCUACAAGUGCUUCUUGGAACUGGACAACACUCUGGUGAGCAGAGGAAACACGCAGGACGUCAGGUGCCCGGCUCUUAAGACGUACAUUCAGUGUACAGAAGAGGUGGCGUGCGAAUGCGGCCUCAUCCGGGCUCCUAGCGUCUACAGAGCUGUUACUGUCGUUGCCGCCUCCUUCAACGACUCCAACUGCGCUGCCGUUGCUGGCCCGGUGAACAUUGUGUCUGGCCUGGCGUGUCCUGAUGGCACUGGCACGCGGGAAGAUGAAGACCGCCUCAUCAUCGCCCUGUCUGAAGAUCCGUCUGUGGUAGACCUGUAUUCUACCUGUCCUGGGGUAAAACCCUGCUACAAUACUCUGGACAAUUCAACAGGGAUAGCACUCUUUGAAAAGAAUAUCAAGAAACUUUGCGCAGGCCAGAAGGUGUUUAUAGAAUGCAUGGAGGAGACGUACUGUCAGUGUGGGUUGUACGAUACACAGAACGCCACCGACUUCCUGACUCUGCAGCGGGACAACCACAUGUCGGCAUGUUUCACGGAUUCAGUUCUACGGGCUGACUUCAAAUGUGCAUACGGAUCCAUAGGCUUCAAGUGCACAGACAACACUGACUGUCAGAUGGUGGUGAACUCCGAGUGUGGCUCCAACGGCAUGUGCGCAUGUACAGCAGGGCAUAUCUAUGAUGCCGAGGACGAUCCCAUGACAUGCACCAAAGAUAUGAGAGGCACCAUCGGGUAUUCGUGUUCCAACAACGCAGACUGUCAGUUGAUCGGAAAUUCUGAAUGCGGCAUUGGUGGCGUCUGCGCAUGUCAGGGCAACUUCCUCUUCACAGAAUUAGAUUCUACAUGCAAAGAAGUUUCAAGUGCCAUGACUGUGAAAUCAACAACUGGUCUUUUGUUCGGAUUAUUUUUUUUGUCAUUUUGUCAUCUGUAGUGACGCGGCCAUAUUCAAAGUUUAUGCUGUAAAUUAGGCACAUUAAUUUUAUAUUAACCAUGUUCAGUCAGACACACGCAGACACACACACGCACAUACACACACGCAUACACACACACGCCAGCUUCCCGAGGCAAGGGAGUUAACUGACUAUAAAACUCCAGUUUCCACCCUUGCCGAACUAGGCUGGUA